AUGUAUGAACAGCUCUUCAACGAUCCAGUCCACAACCACUUCAGGCUGGACCCAGUCUCCAUGAAGAUUGUAGACACACCUCAGUUCCAGCGGCUGGCAGACCUGAAGCAGCUAGGUUGCACCUACUAUGUCUUCAGAGGCGCUUCACAUGCCAGGCAAUUCCCUUUUGCAUGUAUCCUACGCUCAUCACACUCAUUGGGAGUGGGACACCUGGCGUACACCUUGGCAGACAGCAUCUACAGGAUGCAGAGAGAUGAGCUGGACAUCAGCAGGAGCGAUGUGAAGUGCGCUGAGGUUGCAGGGCUUGUGCAUGAUUUGGGCCAUGGGCCAUACAGCCAUGUGUUUGACCGCGUCAUGAAGCAGAUGGGAAGGAACUGGGUGCAUGAGCAGAUGUCAGUGAACAUUCUGGACGACAUCCUGGCGGACAAUGUGCAUGACAUCAGCGAAGCUGACCUCAGCGAGGAUGAGAUUAAGCAUGUCAAGGCCAUGAUCACCUCUGAGAAGGGCGGCCUGCCUCCUCCACAGGGCAAGCGAUGGCUGUAUGAGAUUGUGGCCAACAAUCGCAAUGGGCUGGAUGUGGACAAGUAUGAUUACCUGCAGAGGGACGCCCUCUACUGCAAUGUGCGCACCUCCGUCGACAUCAAUCGCAUCAUGACCCUGGCAAAGGUGUUGGACGAUGAGAUCUGCUACAAGUACACAGAGUUCCAGAACGUGUACGAGGUGUUUGCCACUCGCGCCAGGAUGUUCCGCUCUGUCUACCUGCACAAGAAGGCGAGGGGAGUUGAGCACAUGAUUGUGGAUGCUCUGCUGGCAGCAGAACCCACGCUGAGGCUUGCAGAGAGGACAGAGGACUCCAGGGAGUUUGUCCGCCUUGAUGACACCAUUAUCAAGGACGGCGAGUCAUCCAUUACUACCGCGCAGCACAUCCUGCAGCGGCUGCGGCGUCGCGACCUGUACAAGUUUGUGGACGAGUUCAUCGUGCCCCGAGAAGAGCUGGAUGCUGACAGCAUGAGGCUCAACCCAGAUGACGUUAUCAUCGAUGUCGCCAAGGUAAUGGGGGGUUGCCAGGUGGACCUGACUAAGGGCAGCCAGAACCCGAUGGACUCGGUAUCCUUCUUCCACCACGCAGAAUCGACCGAGAAGGUGUCUCUGCGAGCCAAGCAGAUCAGCACCAUGUUUCCGCUCUCCAACCUGGAGAAGCACUGCCGCAUCUACUCCAAAGACAGCAGCCCAGCAGUGGUGGCAGCCACUCAGGAAGCCUUCAGAUCUUGGCUGGAGCAGCGGUUUGGGGACAGAGUGCAGCUGUGCACGCCUGCUCGCAAGUGA